CAAGCCCUUCCUUUCUGUGCAACUAAGAAAGUUUCAUAUCUUCAAACCGAUAAUAGCAAGCGAAAGAAGAAGAAGAAGAUGGGGAGAGGCAAGAUUGAGAUCAAAAGGAUUGAGAACUUGAGCAACAGGCAGGUGACCUACUCAAAGAGAAGAAAUGGGAUCAUGAAAAAGGCAAAGGAAAUCACAGUUUUAUGUGAUGCUAAGGUUUCUCUGAUUAUCUUUGCUAGUUCUGGGAAGAUGCAUGAGUACUGUAGCCCUUCUACUACGUUGGUUGAAAUCCUGGACAUGUAUCACAAGCAUUCUGGUAAAAGGCUGUGGGAUGCUAAACAUGAGAACCUCAGCAAUGAAAUUGAUAGAAUCAAGAAAGAGAACGACAACAUGCAAAUUGAGCUCAGGCACCUGAAAGGGGAGGAUAUCUCUUCUUUGCAGCACAAAGAGCUGAUGGCCAUAGAGGAAGCCCUUGACCAUGGCCUUGCCAGUGUUCGUCACAAACAGAUGGAGUACUACAAGAUGAAGAAGAGAAAUGAUAAGCUUUUGGAAGAUGAGAACAAGGAGCUGAGAUUCGUUUUGCAACAACAUGAGAUGGAUAUGGAAGAGCAUAUGAGAGAGAUGGAAAAUCCCUAUCAUCAACAAAGGAUGAGGGACUUCAACUACCAGAUGCCUUUUGCCUUCAGGGUGCAGCCAAUUCAGCCGAAUUUGCAGGACAGGAUAUAAUAUAUGUGCGUGGUAUCCAAAAGCUCUCUAGCUUAGUAUUGGUUUCUCAAAACUCCAUGCAUGGUAUGAUCCUUUAUGAAAUGUGAUUUAUAAGUACUCCAUAUCUAAGAUUAUCAUUUCUCAGUACAAGAAAAUUUCGAGAAUUACUCUAUUGGAUGUAAUCGGUUGCCUAACAUUUAUGUUCCGACCUAUCGAAAUUGCCUUUCUCAA